UGUUAUAUUGAUCAGUAAUUUAGCCUACAUUAGGCAAGAACUAACAGUCGGUGCUGUACUGCUGUAUUAUGGAUAUCGAAAGCAUGAGAUCGCUGGACCUGGACGGGCCGAAAAGCUCUAACAUUGGUUACUAUUCAAAUAACUACAAUGGGUUUGAACAUAAUAGCCAGAAAUGUGACCCUUCUUUGCUUCAGGAGAAUAACCUAAACUCAUUUACUUCUUCAUGUGGAUUUACAUCAAGAAAUGUACAAAUGGUUAUCCCUGAACAACGGAACAGUUUUACUUCUGGUUCAAAUGAUGAGUCUCUUGCAAGCCUAACCAAACAUGUCAGGGCACCAUCUGACAGUGAAACAGACACCUCUUCCAGUGUCUUUGACGUCAGUCGUUUUCCUGAAAAUUCAGAAAAUCCCGGUAAUACAAAUGUCAAGAAGGUUUUAAAUGAGGCCAGAAAUGGUUACACUGUUCAUGAGAAAAUGGAAAGAAGAGACAGCGGUUUUCACACAAUGACUAGAAAUCAUGAUGGGUCUGAACGACCAUUGACAGUAGAUAAAUUAAAAAUAGGAAAAUCUAACUCUGAUAUUGUCAUGUCAAAACCCAUAGUUGUAAAAAGUGCCUUGUCAUUACCAAUAGAGGAAACUGCUCCGAUCCGAAGACACAGGUCCUCUCCUCUUAUGCAGAGAAAAACCCAAAGACAAAAUAUUGACCAAGAUCAAUCAGAUCAGAAAAUGGAUGAUCUUGCUCGAAGGCUAUUUUACCUUGAUGGGUAUCAGAAAAAUGAAGUAAUGAAGCAUCUUUCAAAGAAGGAAGCAUAUUCAGAGAAACUUUCAAUGAAAUACAUGGAGUUCUUGGAGCUGUCAAAUCAAUCUCUUGAAGAUGGCUUAAGAUUACUUCUUAAAAGAUUAGCAUUGCUUGGCGAAACUCAGGAGCGAGAGAGAGUUCUCAGCUCGUUUUCGAAACAAUUUGUCCAACGCAACCCGACGUUCCUUCGGGGAGAUUUAGAUGCCACUCAUACAUUGGUGUGCGCUAUCGCCCUGCUGAACACCGACCUUAACGGGGUCAAAGCUACCGGAAGACGCCGAAUGACGUGCAAGCAGUUUAUUAACAACCUGGCAGGCAUGGGUCCAGACGGAGGCAAUUUCCCCACGGACACGCUAAAGGAAAUUUACCGCUCUAUUAAGAAGAAGCCGCUACCGUGGUGUGAGGAGAAAAUUGAAAUUAAAUCAAGGACGAGAUCGGGUGCGACGGCUAGGGCAAUAAACAAAUCCGCUGCACCCAAGAGCGCUUCUGUUUCGAGAUCACAGUCAAUGAAUCAGCCGACUCGUAGUCACGUCCGUCCUCUUCCGGUCUCACGAGAGGACUCGGGGGUGCUCCGUAGGGAGCUGGGCGGAGGUCGGAACAGCAAGACAAAAACAUUACCUCGGAAACAAGGAGUUUUGUGGAGGAAGGCAGUCGUUGAAUCAGAUGGCAACAAAACCGCCAAGCGAAAGCGGAAGUGGAAGUUAUAUAUUGUUGCGUUACAAGGUUUGGAGUUACAAGUCGUCAAGAAAGACUCCGUGUCUUCCCAAAUCUCGCUACAUCACUGCGUGGCAGAGGUAGAAGAAAAUCAAAACGCAACGAAGAGGCGUCAUGUGUUUCGGAUCACGCUUGCAGAUACCAGCGUGGCUCUCUACCAAACCAAUUCACUGGAUGAACAGAAACAGUGGGUUGAUUGCAUCAACAGGAAUACCGCACUUCUAUCGGCAGCUCCCUUAUCCGCCGGUGUAGGAUCCCAAUAUCGCUUUCAGAAACCUCUCCACCCCUCCCACUCAUCUACGUUGCCUGUGCACAAGCAACUGCAGGAUCAGCAAGAACGUCUCAAAUCACUUUAUGCUGAUCUGGAAGAAUUGCGGAACGAAAAGAUUGACAAGAACAGAUCGGACAGCGAAAAGAAAUAUCGAGAAGAUAAAGAAACCUAUCUAGUCUGGGAGAUACGCAAGUAUGAGUUAUACACAAACACAUUGGAAGGCUUGAUGGAUUCAACUCAACAGAGGUUUAACGAACUGCAGAAGGUUGUGGAAGAAGAUGAACCUCCGGACUCACACAGUCUCCUCUCUGUAUCACCAAGCGAACCGGGAUCUUACUUCCCAUCUGUUACUGAGAACUGUGAAUCCGGAAACCUUUCCAGCUCCUCUGAUGCUCAGCAUCAUCCACGAUCACCACUGAGUCCUGCAUCUUCACUUCCCAACCUUAUUCCAAUGAGUGUUCAUCGCUUUCCAGUUCUUGAUGUGAGCAGCUCUUUACGAAAUUCCUCCUCAGCUUCAUCCGGAUCGUAUGAACCCGAUCCAACUAUAAAAAUCACACCGCCAACUGAGCAGCAAGCCAGCGCCAAUUCCAACAACUCCAAUGCAGUUAUAAUGCUUGAACGGGUAAACCUAAAAGCAGAUAUCAGCUCAAACAAAAGUGAAUCACUGGAGGAAACGGAUUAUCCUCCAAAACCUCCACAUUCAUCCACUCUUCCAAAACCGAAGUCAAACUUGAUCACAACCUCGAUCCUCUCCAGCAGCUUCUCAACGAUGCCAAAGCAGUUCCCUUCGAGAACAGCUGUUCCCAUCCAAGAUUACAAGGACUUUCCUCGCAUCCGAGGAAGAAAAGAACGAAAAGGAGCAUCCCGAUACAGCUACCUACAAGCGGUUCACGAUGUGGAUGAAAUCAACUGAACUGGAACCUCCUAAUGAUGAAAUAAUGACAUUUCUUUUAUUCUUUCCAGUCGAAGCUAAUUCUUUCUUCAUUCUCUCCCUCGCUUAAAUGAAGCUUACGUUUUUAGCAGGAGUCCCAAGUGUAAACAUUGUUUGUUGUAUUUCUGUGUCGUGAACGUGCAAUGCUUUUCAUAUUUUAAUCAUUUUUAUAUUAUCUUGUUUUCUUCCCAUCGAGAUUUUAAUUAGUAGUUUUAAUUAAUUGAAUUAUCGCACGAGUGACUUCACCCACGUUCCUUUAAUCACGUGAUUCGAGUUUCAAAUCAAGCCGAAGACGAAGUGGCCGCAAGUCACUCUUUUCGUUCAUUACAUGCAAUUGUUGUAUGCUUCCGAUCAUUCACCGUCACAAUGCUGUGUAUUACGUCACUAUCACCGGGCUGCACCACUCGGCCUACGUCGUAUUUUUUUGUUGACAAAAGCUGGGGAAGUUCUCGCAUGUUCCUUAUGCUCGAACCUGAGGUCGUGUUAUACGUCCUCCAUAACAGAGCUUAUAAACCACGUGAUUUGA